AUGAUGGACGACGAUGACAUUUACCGCGAUGAGGAGUCGACUACGAGCCUCUCGCAGCUGCAGGGCCGUCGCUCGCUGCGGCUCGAUCCGCUGCCCGACACACCACCCCCACCAACACCACUGAAGUCCCGCGACGCCAACACCACCGUACGGUGGCCUAAACAACUACCAACGCAGCAGCAGCAGCAACAAAGACUACAACGCCGCCAACGUGCCUGUGGAGCAGCACGAACAGCGCCGACGUCCCCCGUGCUGUCACGUCCUCGCGUGGGGCCCGCGCGGCGCCCCCUCACACCAACGCCGGCCACAGCAUUGCCAGCAACACUGGGGGAGCGUCACCAGAAGGCUGUGGUGCGGCAGGGUGACGACGACAGCAGCAACACCGACCCGCAGUUUCGUGUCGCCGCCGUAGACGAUGGCGACGAGGGGAGUUUGAUGCCGAGCAGCCGCUGGGUCUCUUUUUCCUUCGCCAGCGGCCUCACGUCGCGACGCCAGUCGGAGAGCCGCCCUUCGUCGCCGUCGCCGCGGCCACGGGCAGCGAUUAUGCCCUCAAGUUUCCCGGACCUUCACUUCUCUGACGACGACGGCGGCGGCGAUGAGACGAUGAGGUGCGACAGUGCGCGUGCGUUUCGCACACCGACCGUUUCCCAUGAUUUUCCCGAGCGGUGUCCCGCUAAUGAGCAGCAGCUGCUGCGGCUUUCUGAGUGCGCCGUCGCUGACGUCAAUGUUGAUGCGCGGGAGGGGUCAGUGGGGGCCGGUGCGGGCAGCCGUGGGAGUCUGCUGCUCCUCACAGCAGGUGUCGUCUCCACAGCAGCAGCAGCAGCAGAAGCCACAACAACAGCAACAUCAGUAGAGGCGUAUGAAAAGGAGAAUGUGUCGCCGCCGCAGCUGCGCCACAGACGUGGAAAGCGCGAACGGUCCGUCCCACCAUCGCCGACCUCGACGUCAUUGAUAAUAUGCGGUGGAUUCUCCUCGUGUGGUGCCACUGCCGCUGCCGAGCAUAAUGAUGGUGAUGGGAAUGCGACAGCGACGGUAAGGUGGCAACGGAUGGACGUGGAUGCCCCGCCGCCGUCACGCGUGCAGGACGAAGUGAUACCGACCAGCGUUGAUGAGUUCGUUGACGGCGGUGUCGGAAGCAGCAGCAGUAACAACAACAACAUCGAUGCCGUUCGGCUUCCGGAAACUACGGCACACAACGAGGAGUCGCUGUUGCUUGUCAGCGGCCCCACACCUACGCCGUGGCGCCAACGCUUCGCCGCAGCGGGCAAAGAGACGCACGCCUCGGAGGUGAUGGAUGUGCGCUGCAGCGACACCGUUGCGGCCCCCGUGGCGCUCUUCGGCGAGAGCUUUGCGGUCGAUACUGCUGAGGAGCAGGCGCUUGACAGCCACACCAGCACAACCGAUAUAAACAAGAGCGACACAGGUGCAGCAGAAGCAGCCACUGCGGUGGAGGAGACAACGUCAAAAGUGGCGGUGGGCGACGGCCGCUGUGCUGCGGAGACCGGAGAAAUGCCGGUGGUGCCACAUCCUCCGCGCCGCCCAAGCGACGACUUGAUGGCGUUGGUGGAAGCCGCCAGGGAAGAGGUGCGCCGUGCGAGUGAGCGGCUCGUGGCCGCUCUUGAGGCCCACCGCCACACCUCGUCAGAAAAGCACAACAACAAGAGCGUCAACAUCAGCAACGACAAUACGAACGAUGGCGUUGAUGACGUCUACAAUUGGAUUGGGGGAUCGGUGCAGCUGAGUCUCGGCGGCUCCUCGGCAGUUGUGGCGAGAGCGAGCAGCAACACCAACAUCAACAACAGCAGCAGCAGCACCGGCGGUGACGGUGGCGUCUGCAGGCCGUGGGUGCCGCCAGAGUCUGCGGUGCUGCGCCGCGAGUUGACGGCCCACGCGGGCCGCAUUUUGCGGCGACUGCGCGGGUACGACCGCGAUGACGUGGGCGCCCUUCCAAUGGUGGUGGUGGCGCGUGUGGUGCAGCAAGUACUGGUGGAGGACGAGGGCACCGCUUGUGCUGCCGGCAGCCAGACACCGGCACGUGGCAGCGAGGGAUGUGUCGAUGUGUCGUGGUGCAUCGCCUCGCCGUCGCCGUCGUUGUCGUCGUCGUUCCUGCACGUGAGCGACUCUCCCACGGCAGCGUGCAGGAACACGUGGGAGAAGGUGAUGGCGCGGCAGAAGGCGCGGAUGGCGGAGGAGAGUGCGAUGCGCCUGUACGUCAGUCUGUGGAGCUGCUUCCGCGAGUGCUUUGGGGAGCGCUACGCGGCGCAACACCUCGGCGUAUUAGAGAGCAACAACAACAGCAGCAGGGGUAAGAACAACAGCCCCCACGCAAUGGUGACAUCAUUCCCGCGGGUGCGGCAGCAGAUGGGCGCAGUUGGGCAGCAGCAGCAGCAGCCACCACUGAACGUUCUCAUUGACUACAAGACGUUUGCCGCCAGCCUCGCGGAGCUGAGCUGA